AUGACCAAAUCCACGCAUAUAAAAUCAAAACGGAAUUCUAACCCCAAUAGGCCUGGUAAUUGGCGGAAAAACAGUUCUGAAUUUUCUCGAGGCCGAAGUGGGAAGCAAAAGUACGACUCAUACUGGGAUGAAGUCGCAAUUGCUGAUGGUCUCUCUUCGGGUGCAUUGUUAAUAGGACAACUUCGAAUCAAUCCAAAAAACUAUGUAGACGCCUACAUUAACCAUCCGAAAGGUGACGCUGAUGUUUUCAUACCCGGUACGAGAGCUCGGAACCGCUCUUUGAAUGGCGACUUGGUGGUUGUGUGCCUGGAACCCGUUAAGAACUGGAGGGUGUAUGACGCAUUCCUUAGCCAAAAAGUAUUAGAAUGGGCUUCGACUGCUCAGGCAAAUUUAGAACCAGGCAAAGCAGCCUUUAUUACCGUCGGCGAGUUUCUUCGUCACGACCCUGAAUGUUUUGCUGCGUUGUUUGCGGAUAUUUCCCAUGGAUUAAAAGAACAUCUUGCGAAUUGGGUAGAUCCCACGAAUCUCUCUGACGAGUCGGUAACCAGUGUCUCUGAGGCCGCGCGACUGCCAUGGUGGCAGUUGAUCCAGCGUGUUGGCCGAGUGGUUGCCAUCCAUCGUCGUCUCAAUCCACGCAUCUGCGUGGGUUAUCUGCGACCCCUUCCAUCUUCCUCUUCACAAAAGCUGAAGGAGAGCAAAGAGAAAGAGGAAACGACGACUUCCCCAUCAUCGUCGGCCUGGCAGUUGGCACUUCUUAGUCCUACUGAUUCAAGAAUGUGCAGAAUUGUGAUCCCUAGAUCUUUAUGCCCUCAAGAUUUUGUUAGACAGCCAGAGACCUUUAAGCUGGUGCGAUUUGUAGCCCAAAUCACUGAUUGGCCGGAAGACAGUCUCUAUGCCAAAGGCCGGCUGGUUCGUCGUUUUGGUGAAGAGACGAUGAAUUACAUAGAUGCUGAAACAGAUCGCAUUCUAGUGAAUGCUGGCUUUGCCUUGGGCUUGGAAGUGGCAACCAGCUUUCCCGAAGCUGUGGAGACCUACGUGUCAGCGAAGAUACUCCCCCACUCCUCCCCUGCUGACUUAACCGCAGAGUGCGCACGUCGGCGUGACUUCCGCGAUCAGUGUGUCUUCACUAUCGAUCCGCGGACUGCCCGCGAUCUGGACGAUGCACUUCAUGUGCGUCGCCUCCUUCCCUCUGAGGUGGCGAGACUGGACGCAAAAGGAAUACGUGGCGCCGCCUUCGAAGUGGGUGUACACAUUGCCGAUGUUAGCUUUUACGUGCGUCCUGAGGACCCCGUGGAUGUGGAGGCGGCGUCACGAGCCACCUCUAUUUAUCUUGUCCAACUCUGCGUUCCAAUGCUCCCACGAGGCCUAUGUGAAGAUCUCUGCAGCCUACAUCCUGGGGGUGACAAGUUCACCUUCUCUGUCGUCUUUUUGCUUACCAAAGACGCUAGAAUGCUAACGAAGUGGUUUGGCAGAUCGAUCAUUCACUCACGAGCUAAGCUUAGCUACGAGGACGCACAGGCUUUUUUGGAUGACCCUGACCGCGACUGGCAGCCCUCUGAUCUUGCAAACCUCGAAGGCGGUGCAGAUGUCAAGGAGAUUUGUCGUAGCGUUCUUACCCUCAAUGAGUUGGCGGUAAAAAUGCGGGCACGUCGCUUUGAGAGCGGAGCAUUGCAGCUGAACCAAGUAAAGCCGACUUUCACACUGAUGGAAACAACAAGUCUACCAGUGGGCGUGGCUCCCUUCAUUGUGCGGCCGGCGAACCGUUUAGUAGAGGAGUGGAUGCUGGCGGCAAAUGAAGCUGUGGCUGACCUCCUCGCUUCCCGUCUACCCCGUACCGCCUUCCUACGUCGUCAUCCCCCUCCCACCACUAAGCAGACUUUGGAUGCGCGUUCCCUCCUGCGCAUCAUUGGAGUGGAUGUUAAUGUCACCUCAGCUGGCUCUAUCCAGAGUUCACUCAAUCGCCUCUCGGGCUGUGUCAGCGGCACCACAUGGCAGCAUUCGGACAAUUUGGCGGAGCUCUGUGCCUCUAUGAUGGGUUGUACGGUGAAAUCAAACAAUUCUAAUGUUGUUGCUGUGAAAGAGGAAACGAUGGAGGAAGCGAGACUUCUGGCAACGCUAAACAUUCUGACGAGGUGCAUGAACCUGGCUGAAUACUACUGUCUAGGUGCGGUCCCCAAUCGUUCCAUGAAAUCUCCUCCUUUCUACACCGGUCACUACGCCCUCAAUAUGACCAACUAUACGCACUUCACUUCACCUAUCCGACGCUAUGCUGAUCUCAUAGUCCAUCGGCAACUUGCUCUUAUUCUUGCUACGGCCUCAGAGAGGGGUGAGUAG